CGGCACUUUUGACAGCAGCCAAAGUGACAGGGUGGGUCUGUCAGAUAUGAUGGUGAAGUGAGGCAGUGGGAACGAGGGCUGAUGACACGCACAUUGUACCUUGCGCUGGAAAAAAGGAGGCGCACUGCUCCUCUCCAUCACAUUUCAUUUUCCAAACACUGACGAGGGAAACAAAGGAAAGCCAGGAUGUGAAAUCCAGUCAGAGGACAUCCACGAAUCCCGCUACAGACCCUUUUCUCCCGAGUGUCUGUGUGGUGCCACAGACAGGUUAAUUCCGCUCCAUCAGCUGCGUUUUGUGCGCUCUGCUCGGUGCAGGAGUCUGUCGUCCGACCGACGGGGAGGAGAGCUGCCGCUCGCUGCUUCUUCCCGCUGGAUGGAUCCGAGCUCUUCUUCUCUCACUUGCAUCUAAGGACUCGAUCUUUGCAGAAACUCUUACUCUGUUCGGAAGAGUUGGGAUUUUGCUCCCUCGCCUCCACUUUUAUCGAUGUCAGUUGAUUUUGGGGAAAAACGACUCUGAAGGUGAGGAGGACUACCUUGAAGACUCUGCUUCACGAUGGCGACAGGAGUAGCAGCAUGGCUUCCUUUUGCCAGGGCAGCAGCCAUUGGCUGGAUGCCUGUUGCCAACUGCCCCAUGCCUGUUGCACCAAGGGACAACAGCAAGAGACAGGAUGAGCUGAUCAUACUCAAUGUCAGCGGCCGUCGUUUUCAGACCUGGAGAACCACUCUGGACCGCUACCCAGACACCCUGCUGGGCAGCUCUGAAAAAGACUUCUUUUACAAUGAGGAAAGCAAGGAGUACUUCUUUGACAGGGACCCUGAUGCCUUCAGGAGCAUCCUCAACUUCUACCGGACAGGGAAGCUCCACUACCCCCGCCAUGAGUGCAUCUCGGCCUACGAUGAGGAGUUGACCUUCUUUGGCAUCAUCCCUGAGAUCAUCGGUGACUGCUGCUACGAAGAGUACAAGGACAGAAAAAGGGAGAAUUUAGAGCGGCUGCAGGAUGAUCAGGAGGAGAACAAGGACCAGAAGCUGCCCAACAUGAACUUCAGGCAAACCAUGUGGCGAGCCUUUGAGAACCCCCACACCUCCACCAUGGCCCUGGUCUUCUACUAUGUCACUGGUUUCUUCAUAGCAGUCUCAGUCAUCACUAAUGUGGUGGAGACGGUGCCCUGUGGUUCCACUGCUAACCAGAAGGACAUGCCAUGUGGUGAACGCUACACGGUGGCGUUCUUCUGCAUGGACACUGCCUGUGUCAUGAUAUUCACAGUGGAGUACCUGAUGCGCCUGUUUGCAGCGCCUAGCCGUUACCGGUUCAUGCGCUCAGUGAUGAGCAUUAUUGACGUGGUGGCCAUCUUGCCAUACUACAUCGGCCUGGUUAUGACCAACAACGAGGACGUGAGCGGCGCCUUUGUCACUCUUCGUGUGUUUCGAGUGUUUCGCAUCUUUAAGUUCUCCCGUCACUCACAGGGCCUGCGGAUCCUGGGCUAUACACUCAAGAGUUGUGCUUCAGAGCUGGGCUUCCUCCUCUUCUCACUCACAAUGGCCAUCAUCAUCUUCGCCACAGUCAUGUUCUACGCCGAGAAGGGCUCCAGCUCCAGCAAGUUCACCAGCAUCCCAGCUUCCUUCUGGUACACUAUUGUCACCAUGACGACACUGGGGUAUGGAGACAUGGUGCCAAAGACGAUUGCUGGGAAAAUCUUCGGCUCCAUCUGCUCCCUGAGCGGUGUGCUGGUUAUCGCUCUGCCCGUGCCCGUUAUCGUUUCCAACUUCAGUCGCAUCUACCACCAGAACCAGAGAGCAGACAAACGCCGUGCUCAGAAGAAAGCCAGACUGGCCAGGAUAAGAAUAUCCAAGUCCAGCAGCGCCAACGCCUUCAUCCAGAGCAAACGCAAUGGACUGCUCAACGAACUGCUAGAGCUGACGGACACAGAAGAGAAUGAGCAGAAGUUGACUAAGUCCAUCUCUCUGUUGGAAAGCCAACACCACCACCUACUGCACUGUCUUGAGAAAACCACUGCUCAUGAGUUUGUGGACGAGCAGAUGUAUGAGCAGAACUGUUCAGAAACAGCUCUCCAGACUUACCCAUCCCGCAGCCCCUCUAUAUCCAGCCACGACAGUUCUGCGGGAACCUGCUGUGGCCGCAGGCUAAAGAGAAACUCUCCCCUGCCCAACGCCAGCCUGCCCUCCACCCACCAGGCUCCCCUGCAGGAGCUCAGCGCCAUCCACAUACAGUGUGGUGAACCGCCAUCACAUACCACCAGUCGUUCCAACCUCAACCUGAAAACCGACAACAGCGGCAGGAUCAACUGCAAAGGCGGCCGGAUCACCACAGCGAUCAUCAGCCUCCCGACACCCCCUGCUUUGACCCCUGAUGGUGAUGGUCUCCAUGGGCCCCCACAGAGGAGGCCGCCCCCUCCCCCAGGUCAUCCUGCUACUCCGAGCAUCCAGACCACAACAAGCUCAGCUGGCACCAACAUCGUCAAAGUCUCUGCUCUGUGAGUCUCUGGCUGACAGCUGUAACUCUUAUCAGGAAGAAAGAAGGGAGGAAGAGAUAGAAGAAGAAGAAGAAGAGGAGGAGGAGGAGGAGACGAAGCUACACUACCUUUACAGAUGUACCGGGUCCCGUCCCACUGGUCAACAGGAAGAUCGCUGCUCUCCAGAGGCGUGACCAGUUGGUGUUUUAGAAAAGACAGAUGAUGUGGAGACGUUACUGAGGUAGGGGACUGUAGAUAUGUGAACCGAGAAUCAAGCACUUGUCAUGUUGUAUACGCACUGUAGAUACGGACAGAACCGCUGCAUUUUUAAUAGUUCCUAACAGCAGUACAGAUGUUUUACAGAACGUACUGUGAAAAAGAUCGGAAGGCAUUGUGCAAUUAGCAUAUCGUUAAAUUUAAAGUAAAGUCACAGUGGAAUAAUGAAAAAGAUAUUUUGUUGACUUUAAAUGUGUUUGAAGAAAGAAGAAACAUAAUGACUGUGUUUACUUGAGUUUUUGAUCGGUCUUGUUUGUGUUAUGUGUUUGUCUUAAAUAUUUUGAGUAAAAAAAGAAGAAAAAAAAAAAACAACUGAAACAACAAAAACACUUAGUUUUCCUUUGAAAAGUCACAGCACCAGAUGCUGAUAAUACUGUGUUGUUGAAAUGUGAGUUUGAUACGUUUAAGACUGAAAAGAGUGUUUUUAUUUUAUUUUAUUUUCCAUCCAUCCAUCCAUUUUCUAUACCACU